AUGGCCGACCCGGUCGGUAUCGUCGGCACUGCCGUGGGUAUCGUAUCGCUCGGCCUGCAGCUCUACGACGGAAUCGCGACCUACUUUGACGCGCUCGAUGGUCGCAAAGAUGAUUUGGCCUCUGCACGAGCGCAGCUCAACAGCCUGAGGGAAUCGCUGAACACAAUUCAAUCCGCGUUACCCUCUUCGUCGACAACUAGCACAGGGGCGGGCGUCGUACCACCUAUAGUCACAGAAUGCAAGAAUGAGCUAGACCAACUCGAGGUUCUCCUCCAGGAGUUGGUCGGGUCGAGUCAUCCAAGCAAUAAGCUGAAAGAAAGAAUCAAAACCCUCAAGUUCCCAUUUCGACGGGACAAUCUGAUGAAGUUGGAGGAUAGACUUCACAAGACAAACAGCGUGUUCCAGACUGCGUUGAGUGUGCUGAACUUGAACAAGUCACUUGAUAAUGAUCGCAGAUUCGCGAACGUGGAAGCCGCAACCGCACACGUACCUACCAUCAGCACAAAUGUAGUCCAGAUGUCCGCAGACGUCCAAGAUAUCAGGACAGAUAUUAGUCAGAUAUCUCAUAACGUCGACAAUGCGAUCUCUACGCUAGACUCUAGCAGCAGCACCAUGACGAGUCUCGCAGAAAACUUUGCAACGUUCGCUCCAGCAACUACUCUGCAAUUAGGCGAGAUACAUCAAGACAUGGCCACAUUGGCACUGCAAGACGACGUCCAGGAACUGGCUAGGACGUCCGUUCACAACUCUGAUAUUCUCUCCCGCGUGGACCUCUCAGUGACGCAGCUCGUGGCAACGGCUGGCCAAAGUUUACCACAAAUAAGCAAUAGCAUCGCGUCGAUAGAAAGACAUAUGCAAAGCAUUUCGGCCUUGGAGCAGAGGCUCCAGGCGCUCUCGUAUCUGGAACAGGCUCUUGACAUCCAGGACGGCCAAGCACAGGACAAUCCCCAGCUCGCUUUGCAACGACUACUGGCUAAGCCAAGUCAGACACGGGAGAUCUACGAUAGUAUGUCUAACUCCCUAGCCAUGACUAGUUAUCACGGCUCAAGCACCACUGCUACUUAUGGAUGGACUCUCAAUACACGGUCCCGAAGCCAGCCUUGCUCUUGUCUGUAUCGAAGUAACCGCAAGAGUACCAGCCGAAGAUUCGGAUCACUCUGGCUUCGAACUGAAACAAGCCACCAUGGACAUGGCCAAGACUGUGAACUUUCGAGUUUAAACAUUCAAAAGUCGCGUCGCUGGUUCGGGUUGACUGCAGCUAAACCGUCUUCAUUUUUACCCUGGGCCGUGAGACUCUCUUUUGGCAUCACUACAGGCGCUGGUGGGUUCAGCAUCAGCCCAGGCAUCACUAUGCGGCCCGUAGUAGAUGAGCGUCAGUCGCCAGUGUUCCGAAUCUUGGAAACUCUUCAAUGUUUCCUGUUCUACCAGGCGGUUGACAAUGCUGAGCUUUCCCUUGCAUUAAGUAUCACCAAAGACAUCAUCUUGCGACUGUACGGGAAGAAGAAAGCAUCCGCUUACGAGACGGAUCGCCAUGGGAACUCAGCUGUUCUCAUAAUGGUAAAUCAGCAGCUUUUCGUUGAAACGAUCAGCGAUUUUAUACUGGACCUUGUACAAGCAGGCCUCCCCGGGGACGUUUGCAAUUUUGCGGGCAGUGAGACAAUUAGUACACCACUCAGCCUACUCGCCGUCAAUGGCAGUGCGAUACAUACCAAAGAACUUCUUCCUACUCUAUACAAUGCCACGUCUGAUCCCGAACACAAUGACCCUGGCUUUGGAUUUGAAAUGAAAGAACUCACCAAUUAUCACGAGCCUAAUGAUCCGUCACUAAAGGCGGUUUACGAACGUAUUCGGGUGGAAAUUUUCGGUUGCGGACCAUUAACUGCAGCUAUUUCUGGCCGGAGAAGCGCGAGAGAAAUCAAUGAUCUGAUCACUGCCAACACUGCGCGUGAAGUCAAUUUUCUCGGCCAGACAGCCUGGCAUUUAGCGGCAGGAACAGGCAAUACCAAUAUGGCAAGAAAUCAUGCCGUCGAAUAUGCAGCAGCUUACAGUGGACGAUCUUGCUCUAAAGGACGAGAACCUGUACUUUGUUCUGGGUGCAGUUGCACUUCAGCUCUUGACGUCCUGCUUCGUACAGAAGGCUACUUCGACGGCUAUCUUGAAAGGAUUUCACGUGGUUGGUGGUGGUCCCUCGCAGACAUUUUCAGUUUGGGAUCUCAUUCGGCGAAGCGACAGUGGCUUAUUGAGAUCAAGCUUAGGCGUGCCGAUCUUAAACGCUUAGCAUUGGCAUACCUGGGUGCUGAAGAUAUAAAACGCUAUAAGAUCGAUGGCGAUAGAGUGCUGGAUUACCAUGGGAUUAGGGUAGUCAAAUGCCUCACGAACAUGGGCAUCAAGGUGCCUGCGAGACUCCAGAACAGCUUUUUUGGACUGGAUCGAUAUCUUUCGGUCUAUCACAUGCUGUUACGCGUCAAGGAGCUAGAUAGAAAUAUUGCUCAACUACUGUUUGACCUUGGAUUCCACGAUAUAGAUGAGCCGGACGAACUGGGUUCCAAUACAGUAAUGGAAUUGUAUGCCCACGGCCGGGGGGGUGCAGGAACUCUUCUUUGGUUUGUGGAGCAUGGGAUUGAUCUUCAACGGAGUGUCUCAUGCACUACAUAUAAGGGCAAACAUACCAGUCCUUUGGCAGCCCAUCUGGUAUCUUGCGGAUGGCAAUACCAUCCUCUUUCGAUAACCUCCGAGGAUGUACGACUCAUUUCGACCAUGAUACCUGUUGACGGAGCGGAUAUGUGCCAGUGCUUUUGCACUGAGACUGGAUGCACCACAGCCUCAAUUUAUUUCCACGAAAUCUGGCUUGGAAUCCGGUUCAUAGCUGUUGCAAGGCCUCACAUCGGAUUUUGGCACCAACAAUGGCAGACUACCGAGGAUGUUGUAUCAAAGUUGGCAGUGCUUUUCGUUGACCAUGAUAUAGACAUGACAAGCCACCGUCACGUAUGCUUGGCAGCUUUGCGCAUGCUCACCUUUGAAGCUCUUGGGAUCAGACAUACAUGUGGCUUUCGGCUCGAUUCGGUGAGUGAUGACGACGUUGAAAAUAUAUGGGAGGAAGACACCGAUUUGAUCAUGCGCCUGACAGAGCUGCAAAUCGAAUGGGAGACUAGCUUUGAUGACUCUGGAAUGACCUUCGACACGUUUCUCAUUGAGAAGUGGGCCCCACGCAUGGAGAUUGUUUUUCGAGAGCUGGACGACUACGAAUUGACGGAAACGGAACGUAAAGAUGCAGAGGCAUUGGGCGUCGAAUGGGGGGACACUUGCGAGGCACAGCACGACGAACAGGACUAUGAUAUACGCGAUCCAUGCAGCCUCCAGGACUAUCUCAAGGCAAUACGCAAGAUUGCAGAUGAAUGA